AUGGGGCUCAAGGGUUGGAUUCAUGACACAAACCUGCGCAUCGCGCGCAGCCCGGUGGGAAGAUGGUUUCGUCUGGAGAACUCCGGCCACUGGAGUAAUGUGAUACAAAAGCCAAGGGAACGCAAGGGCAGCUUCUUCUUCACCGAGCUUCGCGCCGGUCUUGCCACCUUCUUCGCCAUGGCCUACAUCAUCUCGGUGAAUAGUACCAUCACCUCCGAGUCCGGUGGUACUUGUGUCUGCCCGGCCGACAGCAUCGCCGACUUCUGCGCUACCAACCAGGAAUACCUGAUUUGUGUGCAGGAGGUGAAGCGCGACAUCGUGACUGCCACUGCCGCCAUUGCUGCCCUGUCAACUUUCUGCAUGGGUCUCUUUGCCAAUUUGCCCAUCGCGCUGGCCCCCGGCAUGGGUCUCAAUGCUUAUUUCGCCUACACCGUGGUCGGAUACCAUGGCAAUGGGUUGAUCCCGUAUUCAGUCGCUCUGACCGCCGUCUUUGUCGAGGGUUGGGUGUUCCUGGGCCUCACCCUUCUCGGCAUGCGACAAUGGCUAGCACGUGCAAUUCCCAUCUCGAUCAAGCUCGCCACUGGUGUUGGCAUCGGUCUUUACCUUGCCUUGAUCGGGUUGACCUACAGUGCUGGCAUUGGACUGGUUCAAGGCGCCACAUCUACGCCGAUCGAGUUGGCUGGAUGUGCGGCCGAGCACUUUGACAAGGAAACUGGCUUGUGUAUCAGCAGCGAGAAGAUGCGCAAUCCUACCAUGUGGAUCGGGAUUUUCUGUGGUGGCUUUCUCACCGUGCUCUUGAUGAUGUAUCGGGUCAAGGGUGCGAUCAUCAUGGGAAUUCUGCUUGUGUCGAUCAUCUCAUGGCCGCGUUCGACUCCCGUGACCUACUUUCCUCACACUGCACUCGGCGACAGUAUGUUUGAUUUCUUCAAGAAAGUGGUGACGUUCCACCCAAUCACCAAGACCCUCGUCGCACAGGAUUGGAAUAUUUCCGACCACGGUGGCCAAUUCGGCUUGGCCUUUAUCACUUUCCUGUACGUUGAUAUUCUCGAUACAACGGGUACUAUGUACUCGAUGGCCCGAUUCGCUGGUGUCAUCGACGAACGCACGCAGGACUUUGAAGGCAGCGCCAUCGCCUACAUGGUUGACGCCAUUUCCAUCUCGAUCGGUUCUCUCUUCGGCAGUCCCCCUGUCACGGCCUUUGUCGAGUCUGGCGCCGGCAUUUCCGAGGGCGGCAAGACAGGCUUAACUUCCUGCGUGACGGGACUGGCCUUCUUCAUUUCGGUCUUCUUCGCCCCCAUCUUCGCAUCCAUUCCACCCUGGGCCACCGGAUGCACUCUCGUGAUCGUGGGCACUAUGAUGGCCAAAUCCGCAGCGAACAUCAACUGGCGAUACUUUGGCGACGCGGUCCCAGCAUUCUUGACCAUUGCCAUCAUGCCCUUCACCUACAGUAUCGCCUACGGUCUCAUUGCCGGCAUCUUGAGCUACGUCAUCCUCAACGGUACAGCCUGGCUCUUGGAAAAGGCCAGUGGUGGUCGAAUUGUGCCCCCGAACAAGGACGAAUCUGACCCAUGGUCCUGGAAGGUUCCCGGUGGUGUUUUGCCUCCGUGGGUGAAGCGCGCUGCUCACGGCAAGAAGGACUUUUGGCGUCAAGAUGAGGAGCAGGCUGUUCAUGAUGACUUGGGCUCUAUGGAAUCCUCUCAUGAGCGUGUGGCUAUCGAAAAGACACCGCAUAACGCUUGA